UGCCAUUUUAUUGUUUCUAUAUUCAUAAAUGAAAUUAGAAUGCUAUUAUCCAGAAGGAUUUUAAAUUUAUCACUUUUUCUUUACAUUGCAAUAAAUAUAUUAACUUUUUUCAAAUGUGAUAUUUCUGCCUGUUUUUUUCGGGAUAUCUCAUUCCGGAAGUUUCCUAAUUUCUAUCUUUUCGUUUUUUUAUAUAUCAGUUAGUAUAUUUUGUUUUAAUAUUAUAAAAUAAUUUAUUAUUAUUUUUUUUAUGCAAGAAAUAAUUUUUUUUUUUAUGAAAUUUUUCU